UGUUCUCGUUUUCUAUUUAUCUUAAAAAAAAAAAUUAGUGUGUCCUUCCUAAUCUCUCAUUUCCUUAAAUCGCUGAAGUUAUCAUCUUCAUACUCUAGCUGUUCCUUGUUGUGUAGAACCAUCCUAAAGUUCUUAAUUUAAGAGCUCAUAAGGUGAAGCUGAGUGGUAAAAGGCAAGAGUUGUGAGAUCAUUAGAGGAAAAAAAAAAGCGAAAGAUUGAGAGAAACACGAGUGAUUGAAACAUUUUGAGUGUAAACACGUGAGAUUGUGUGAGUGAGAAUUUUAUUACUAACUGUGUUUUUUGGCAGCACAUAAUCAUGAGUGGAGACGAAGAAGGAGCAUUUGAUCUCAAGCUGUUUGUGAAAGCUGUUACAGAACAAUUCACAGCCUUAAAUAGAAGGUUUGAUGAUUUAGCAUCAAGGUCUAGGUCCCCUCCUAGGCGAAACAAUGAAGAGGAAGACGAGGAGGAGUAUUCAGAUGGAAGAUCUCAUGAAAGAAGAAGAAGUGACAAUAACUUGAAUAGUAUCAAAAUGACCAUCCCUACAUUUCAAGGAAAGAAUGAUCGUGAACUGUACUUGGAGUGGGAGAGAAAGGUGGAGCAUGUGUUUGAUUGCCAUCAUUAUCCAGAGGAGAAAAAGGUAAAAUUGGCAGUUGUUGAAUUUUCUGAUUAUGCUAGUAUUUGGUGGGAUCAAUUUGUGAUAAACAGGCGCAGAAAUGGAGAGAGACCCAUUCGCUCAUGGGAAGAAAUGAAGGCUGUCAUGAGAAGAAGAUUUGUCCCCAGCCAUUACCAUAGAGACUUGCACCGAAAAUUGCAAAGUCUGACCCAAGGUUCUAUGAGUGUGGAGGAUUAUUACAAGGAGAUGGAGAUAGCUAUGAUGAGAGCCAAUAUAGAAGAAGACCGUGAAGCCACUAUGGCAAGGUUUAUUGGAGGUUUAAAGAAGGAGAUUUCUGAUGUGGUGGAAUUACAAUAUUAUGUGGAGAUGGAGGAUUUGUUGCACAAAGCAGUUCAGGUGGAAAAGCAAUUGAAGUCCAAAACCUCCUCCAAAUUCUCAUCAUCCUCAAGCACUUCUUGGAAGUCAAAUUGGAAGAAUAAUAAAGCCAUUUCCCAUCCUAAAGAAAAUGUGAAGGCCAAGUCUACUAUGGCAUCCUCUAAAGGUAAAUCUGAAACUAAUUCUUCUUCACGAUCACAUGAUAUAAAAUGUUUAAGAUGCCAAGGAAUUGGGCAUAUUGCUUCUGAGUGUCCAAACAAAAGAGCAAUGAUUUUGCUGGAUAAUGGAGACAUAGAGAGUGUGAGCUCAAGUGAUGAUGAAAUGCCUCUGUUAGAAGAUUGUAGUGAUGUUGAAGUGGCUGAACCCGUGCAUGGAAAUUUGCUUGUUACUAGGCGUGCUCUUAGCAUACAGCCUAAGGAAGAUGAAGAUGCGGAGCAACGUGAUAAAAUUUUCCAUACUAGGUGCCUCAUUAAUGAAAAGGUAUGUAGCAUGGUUAUUGACAGUGGAAGUUGUACUAAUGUUGCUAGCACCUUGAUGGUCGAGAAACUGAACUUGCCAACCAAAAAGCAUCCUAAUCCAUAUAGACUUCAGUGGCUCAAUGAUUGUAGAGACAUAAGGGUGACUAAGCAGGUUUUGGUAUCAUUUUCCAUUGGAAAAUACAAAGAUGAGGUUCUUUGUGAUGUUGUGCCUAUGCAUGUGGGCCACUUGCUUCUUGGGCGGCCAUGGCAAUCUGAUAGAAAUGUUGAUCAUAAUGGGUACAAAAAUACCUAUACCUUUACCAUGAACAAUCGCACCAUUGUGUUGACACCUCUCAAACCUGCUGAAGCAUAUGCUGAUCAAAUUAGAAUCAAAGAAAAAGAAAAACAUGAGUGCAGUGAAGAGAAAAAUAAGAGAGUAAGUGCAUUUGCCAAGAAAAGAGAUGUUGAGAGUGCAUUGUUAGCAAGGGAGAAAUUGCUUGUACUCAUGUACAAAGAUGUUUAUUUCACUAACAAUCUUAACUCUUCUUUGCCUAGUGCUAUUAAUUCAUUGUUGCAGGAGUUUGCUGAAAUUUUUCCAGAAGAAGUACCACAAGGAUUGCCUCCUUUAAGAGGUAUUGAGCAUCAAAUUGACUUUAUUCCUGGUUCCUCACUUCCAAACAAGCCAGCUUAUAGGACGAGUCCCGAGGAAGCAAAGGAAAUUCAAAAGCAAAAAGAUGGAACAUGGCGCAUGUGUGUUGAUUGCCGAGCCAUAAACAAAAUCACUGUAAAGUAUAGAUAUCCUAUCCCUAGAUUAGAUGAUAUGCUUGAUGAAUUGCAUGGUUCUUGUGUGUUUUCUAAAAUUGAUUUGAAAAGUGGAUACCAUCAAAUUCGCAUGAAGGAAGGUGAUGAAUGGAAAACUGCUUUUAAAACCAAAUAUGGUUUAUAUGAGUGGUUAGUGAUGCCAUUUGGCUUAACAAAUGCACCCAGCACAUUCAUGAGAUUAAUGAACCAUGUUUUGCGUUCUUUCAUUGGGAAAUUUGUUGUAGUCUACUUUGAUGACAUUUUAAUUUACAGCAAAUCCCUAGAUGAACAUGUUGAACAUUUACAUGCUGUGUUUGGUGUUUUAAAAGAGAACAAGUUGUAUGCCAACCUUCAAAAGUGUUCUUUUGGCAUGGAAUCUGUUGUAUUUUUGGGUUUUGUUGUAAGUUCUAAAGGAGUUUCUGUUGAUGAAGAGAAGGUCAAGGCAAUUAGAGAAUGGCCUACACCUAAGAAUGCUAAUGAGGUAAGAAGUUUUCAUGGUUUAGCAAGUUUUUAUCGAAGGUUUGUGAGGAACUUUAGUUCCAUUGCUGCACCUUUGAAUGAACUUGUUAAAAAGAAUGUGACUUUCAAGUGGGAUGAUGUGCAUGAAUAUGCUUUUAAUUCUUUGAAAGAUAAGCUGACCAAUGCACCUUUGCUUUGUUUGCCUAAUUUUGAUAAAGCUUUUGAAAUUGAAUGUGAUGCUUCUGGUGUUGGAAUAGGUGUUGUUUUGAUGCAGGAUUCCAAACCGAUUGCAUAUUUUAGUGAGAAGCUUAGUGGAGCAGCGUUGAAUUAUCCCACAUAUGACAAGGAGCUUUAUGCAUUGGUAAGAACUUUGCAAAAUUGGCAGCAUUAUUUGUGGCCAAGAGAGUUUGUCAUCCAUUCUGACCAUCAAAGCUUGAAGUUUCUAAGUUCUCAAGGAAAGCUUCAAAAAAGACAUGCCAAGUGGUUGGAGUUCAUUGAGAUGUUUCCUUACGUGAUCAAGUACAAGAAUGGUAAGGAAAACAUUGUGGCUGAUGCCUUGUCUAGAAGGUAUGCAUUGCUUACUUCAUUGCAAACAAAACUACUUGGGUUUGAGCAUAUCAAGGACUUGUAUGCCAAUGACUUUGAUUUUGGACAGUUAUGGGAUUCUUGUUCUAAGCAUGCUUUUGGGGACUAUUAUAAACAUGAAGGUUUCUUGUUUAGGAAAGAUAAAUUGUGUGUUCCUGUUUGUUCUUUGCGUGAAAUGCUUGUUAGGGAAACUCAUGGUGGUGGAUUAAUGAGACAUUUUGGGGUUCAAAAGACUUUAGAAAUUUUGAAAGAGCAUUUUUAUUGGCCUAAAAUGAAACAUGAUGUGCAAUCUGUUUGUGAAAAAUGCAUAACAUGUAAGCAAGCCAAAUCUAAAGUGAUGCCCCAUGGUUUCUAUACACCUUUGCCUGUUCCUAAUCAACCUUGGGCUGAUAUCUCAAUGGAUUUUGUCUUAGGUUUUCCUAAAUCACAGGGUGGGAAGGACAGCAUAUUUGUGGUUGUUGAUAGGUUUAGCAAAAUGGCACAUUUCAUUGCAUGCUCCAAAACAAAUGAUGCCACACAUAUUGCUGAUUUGUUCUUUAAAGAGGUUAUGCGUUUGCAUGGAUUACCAAGGACAAUAGUAAGUGACAGAGAUGUGAAAUUCUUAAGUCAUUUUUGGAGAACUUUAUGGAGUAAGUUAGGAACUAAGCUUCUGUUUUCUACAACUGCACAUCCACAAACGGAUGGGCAAACUGAGGUUGUGAAUAGAACACUUACUACCUUGCUGCGUGCAAUCAUUCAAAAGAAUUUAAAACAGUGGGAAAAAUGUUUGCCACAUGUUGAGUUUGCAUAUAAUAGAGCUGUGCAUUCUACUACUUCUUACUCUCCGUUUGAAGUUGUGUAUGACUUUAACCCUUUGACUCCAUUGGAUAUCUUACCUUUACCUACUAAUGAAUUUGCUAAUUUUGAUGGAAACAAAAAGGCAGAUUUUGUCAGGGAGUUGCAUGCCAAGGUUAGAGCAAACAUUGAGAAAAGGAAUGAGCAGUAUGCAAAGCAAGCUAAUAAGGGGCGUGUUCGCAUUACUUUUGAACCCGGAGAUUGGGUUUGGGUUCAUAUGCGGAAAGAAAGAUUUCCAACUCAAAGAAAAUCCAAAUUGCACCCAAGGGGAGAUGGACCUUUCCAAGUAUUAGAAAAGAUCAAUGACAACGCCUACAAGCUGGAUUUGCCAAAUGAAUAUGGAACUAUAAGUUCUACUUUUAAUGUGGCUGAUCUAACUUUGUUUGAUACCACGCCUUUUGGGUUGAAAAACGCGAGGGCGACAUAUCAGCGACUGAUGGACAGGGUGUUUGAGGGGCAAGUAGGAAGGAAUAUGGAAGUGUACGUCGAUGACAUGAUCGUUAAGUCAGUUCUGGGGUCAACUCACCACGAGGACCUAUCGGAAGCCUUUGGCAAAAUCCGGAAGCACGACAUGAGGCUCAAUCCGGAGAAAUGUUCUUUCGGAAUACAAGGGGGUAAAUUUUUAGGCUUCAUGAUUACGUCAAGAGGGAUUGAGAUUAAUCCGGACAAGUGCAAGGCGAUACGGGAGAUGAAGAGCCCAAGCAAUGUGAAAGAGGUGCAGCGGCUAACCGGGCGAAUCGCAGCUUUGUCUCGAUUUCUGCCUCAUUCGGGUGAUAAGUCAACUCCGUUUUUCAAAUGCCUUAAGAAGAACGCAACAUUCGAGUGGAGUCCAGAAUGUGAAGAAGCUUUUACUCGCCUCAAGGAAAUGUUGUCAGCACCACCUGUCCCUUCGAAACUCGUCCAAGGUCUUCCCUUGCAUUUGUACUUCUCCGUGGGAGAUCACGCGAUCAGCUCGGUAAUCCUUCAGGAGGUAGACGGGGAACAGAAAAUAGUUUACUUUGUGAGCCACACGUUUCAGGGGGCCGAAAUGAGGUAUCAAAAGAUAGAAAAGGAGGCGCUCGCCGUCCUUGUCACCGCCAGACGUAUGCGACCCUACUUUCAAAGUUUUCAGGUACAGCUGAGAACUGACCUUCCUUUGAGACAGGUAUUGCAGAAACCAGAUUUGUCAGGAAGGCUCGUCGCAUGGUCAGUGGAGCUGCCAGAGUAUGGAUUGCAGUAUGAUAAAAGGGGGAGAGUUGGGGUGCAGACCUUGGCAGAUUUUGUGGGGCCGGGAGAACUGGUGUUGGAGCAAUCUCUCAGAUUCCAGUUCAAGGCCAGUAACAACCAAGCGGAAUAUGAAGCUCUAAUUGCAGGACUAAAGCUGGCGAUCGAGGUGCAAAUUGACAGUUUGUUGGUAAGGACGGACUUGUUGUUAGUGGCAAAUCAGGUUAAUGGGGAGCUUCAGGUCAAAGAACCGGCUUUGAUAAAGUAUCUAGAGCGCGUACGAUCGCUUAUGAGUCGAAUAAAGGAGAUUGUGGUCGAGUACGUGCCGAGGACACAAAAUCAAAGGGCUGAUGCCCUAGCUAAGUUGGCUAGCACCAGAAAACCCGGGAAUAACCGAAGCGUGAUUCAGGAAACACUCACCAACCCCAGCAUAGAGGGAGAACUAGUGGCCUCAGUAGAUCGCCAGGCAACUUGGAUGAACCCCAUCAUUGAUAUCUUGGCGGGUGAGCCAGGCAAUGUGAUAAAAUACUCAAAGGCUCAAAGGAGAGAAGCAGGGCAUUACACGUUGCUCGAUGGCAUCCUUUUCCGGCGAGGAUUCACUUCGCCCCUCUUAAGGUGCCUACCUCCAGAAAAGUAUGAGGAUGUCAUGACGGAGGUUCACGAGGGGGUUUGCGCGAGCCACAUCGGGGGAAGAUCUCUGGCGGGUAAAGUCCUCAAGGAAGGUUUUUAUUGGCCCACGAUAAAAAAGGAUUGUGCGAAAUUUGUAAGGAAGUGCGAGAAAUGUCAACAAUUCGCGGAUUUACCCAGAGCCCCGCCGGAGCAAUUGGCCAUGAUGAUAGAGGCUGAACCUUUAGCAAGCAUAACGAUAGCCAAGAUAAUAAGUUUUUAUUGGAAAAGGAUUGUGUGCCGAUUACGAGUGCCAAGGGCGAUCGUCUCGGACAAUGGGACGCAAUUUGCAAGCAAUCAGACCAAGGAAUUUUGUGGAGAAAUGGGGAUCCAUAGGAGAUUUUCGUCGGUGGAACACCCUCAGACCAACGGCCAGGCGGAGUCAGCGAACAAAGUCAUCUUGCGAGGAUUGAAACGCCGACUCUCGGAUGCCAAGGGGGCCUGGUUGGACGAACUUUUGAUCGUGAUUUGGUCAUAUAACACGACGCAGCAUUCGUCUACGGGAGAAACACCGUUCAGGAUGACAUACAGGGCGGAUGCUAUGCUCCCCGUGGAAAUCGACAGCAGCUCAUGGCAAACAGCGCCAAAGUUCGAGGGCGAGAAUGCAUCGAAUAUGGCGAUGGAGCUGGACCUGCUGUCAGAGACACGCGACGAAGCUCGCCUAAGGGAAGCGACGAUGAAACAGCGAGCAGCGGCUAAGUAUGACACGAAGGUGCGACCAAGAGAGAUGCAAGCAGGGGAUUUGGUGCUUAAGAAACGAACAGGGAUCACGGGAAACAAGUUGAGCCUAAUCUGGGAGGGACCAUACAGAAUCUUGAAGGUCCUGGGGAAGGGAGCUUAUCACCUGGAAAGCUUGGAUGGGAAGCGGAUGCCAAGAUCGUGGAACGCUGCCAGUCUAAAAUACUACUACAGCUAA